AUGUUUCCAAUUGCUUGGGCUGUUGUGAAGGUAGAGAGCAAGGACACUUGGUCGUGGUUCCUGAAAAAUUUGAUGGCGGACCUUCAAAUCACUAAUGGAGGAGGUUGGGCAUUCAUGAGCGACCAACAAAAGGGACUUCUUCCUGCUCUAGCUGAGUUGAUGCCAUUUGCUGAACAUAGGAUGUGUGCAAGGCACCUAUAUGCAAACUGGGCAAAGAUCUACAAAGGGGAGAAACUACAGAAGCAAUUUUGGAUGAUAGCUAAGAGCACCAACAUGGCUGAUUUUAGAAUUCACAAACAGCAACUGCUUGACUUGACGAAGGACGGUUAUGAAGCACUUUUUCAAACUGAACCCAGGCAUUGGUGCAAGGCCUUCUUCAGUGAAGAAUUCAAGAGCGAUAUCAUUGAUAACAAUCUCAGUGAAGCCUUCAAUGGCAGAAUUUUAGAGGCGAGGUGCAAACCAAUCAUCAGCAUGCUUGAGGAUAUUCGAGUGAUAGUCAUGACAAGGCUGCAAAAACAGAGAGAUGAGGCUGCGAAGUGGACUGGACAGUGUAGUUCUAGGAUUGCUAAAAGAUUGGAUGACAACUUGGCGAGUAGUAGGUUCUGUCAUCCUAUCUGGAAUGGAGAUGAUGGCUAUGAGGUCAUGGAAAAGAUAGACAAGUAUGUUGUCCAAUUGGACAAACUAAAGUGCUCAUGUUGA